AUGUUCGGCCUAAGCACUAUGACAUCUGCGGCCAGUGAAUCCUUUCUCACAAAUGUUCGAGAGGAAGCGAACUGUAUUCUUGCGGAGAUUGUUAGGCUGGCCGGAUUCAUUCCUCAGGAUUUUCUAGAUCCGUCAUCCUCGAAGUACAAACUAUUAAUUCUCGACUUCAACUACUUUACUCGAACGGUUCACUAUGAAAAAGUCAUUGAAGAAAGUGAGGAACUUCAAGACAGUUUCUACAAUGCCUACGGCGACCUUAUUACUCGUUUUUCUGCACUUUUUCAGGCAUUUGCCAACUUUCUAUGCAGCCUAAAAGAUUACUGCGAUCAGGUUGGUAACGAUAGGGUUGGUAUUUCCUAUUUGGACCUAAUGGAUGUGGAUAUACUGUUCCAUAUUGGAAUGGUUUUAAUGUACAUUGAAAACUUCUUGCCCGGCCCAAUCAGAGAGCGUAUCUAUGUGGCUAUUUACAGAAAUAGCGAUGAGCGCCGGAAUGUGGAAUUUUUGGCCGACUUUCUGAGAAUGCAUCCUACGAGUUCGGAACCUAGUUACCUUUUCGAUCGGCUGAAGCUCAGUGAAUCCUUUGUUGAAAAAUGCCUUUCCUGCUGUGAAACCAUUCAUAGGGAGGGGACGAAUGAUUUCGGAAAGUUGUAUGUGGAUAGAAGUACACUGAUCAAAUGGGUUUUCAUGUGCCUAGUCUUCAAAUCGUCUACACUCAAGAACGACACUAUAAAAAUGCGGCAGAUUGUAGAAGAUUUUUUCCGUGACGAAUGGGUAGGUGUCUUCGCUUUAACAAGUUUCCAAUUCUAA